CACUCCUCGUCUCGUCCUACGCAUCUACCACCUCGCCUCCCGCUCCCGUCUGCGCCCCGCCGCCUCCGCCUUCGCCCCACACCCACGCGCCUCGCCGCCGGCUCCGCCACCGCGGGCGGGACCCGCGGCUCCAUCAUCCACCCGGCCUCUCCGUCGGCUCCUGCAACUCCCCCUCUCCCAACUCCGGCUCGCGUCCUCGGCGUCGGCCGCGCGGCUCCUCGGCGACCGGCGGCGCGUGGGGGAUGUGGGGAGAUGCUUCGCGAGCGAGGCCUCCGCGGCACCGGCGGGGGAGACCGCGGCCGAGCUGGUGGAGGUGCCACUGGCGCAGACUGGGGAAGGCAUCGCCGAGUGCGAGCUGCUGCGCUGGUUCGUAACCGAGGGUGACCAAGUUGACGAAUUCCAGCCCCUCUGUGAAGUACAGAGUGACAAAGCAACUAUUGAAAUAACGAGUCGUUUCAAGGGGAAAGUACAUCAGAUUCACUUUGGCCCUGGUGACAUAGUGAAGGUUGGUGAAACUUUACUGAAAAUGAUUGUGGGUGACAGCCACGUUGUAUCUCAUGAUGAUAUAGCUCCGCCCACUGAUAAGUCACUUGGAGUGGAUUCUACACAUCCUUCAGGUGAAGGCAACAUUCCCAGUGGAACUCUCUCUACACCAGCUGUUAGGCAUCUAGCCAAGCAGUGUGGGCUCAGCAUAAAUGAUAUUCAAGGAACAGGAAAAGAUGGUCGGGUUUUGAAAGAAGAUGUGUUGAAUUAUGCUGUCAGCAAGGGUCUCUGCAAAGAAUCAUCUGUUUCGGAAGAGAAUAUAGGACCGGUUGAGUUACUGGAGGAAGGGAAAUCAUUACUCGAUGUACACUGCUAUGAGGAUAAGAAAAUUCCUCUCAGGGGAUACCAGAGAUCAAUGCUGAAAUCAAUGAGCCUGGCUGCAAAAGUUCCACAUUUUCAUUAUCUGGAGGAAAUGAAUUGUGAUUCUCUUGUAGAACUUAAGGCCUUGUUUCAAAACGAGAAUAAUGAUCAUAAUAUCAAGCACACCUUCCUUCCAUUCCUCAUAAAGUCUCUUUCUAUGGCACUGAGUAAAUACCCUUUGUUGAACAGCUCUUUCAUUGAAGAAACUAAAGAAGUUGUGCUUAAAGGAUCCCACAACAUUGGGGUAGCCAUGGCUACAGCACAUGGAUUAGUCGUACCAAACAUCAAGACAGUGCAGUCACUUUCAAUAUUGGAGAUCACGAAGGAAUUGGCAAGGUUGCAUGAGAUGGCAUCGCACAACAGGCUAAGCGCUGCAGAUAUUGCAGGUGGCACGAUAACACUAAGCAACAUAGGUGCCAUUGGUGGCAAGUUUGGGUCUCCACUUCUGAACCUACCUGAAGUUGCCAUCAUUGCCCUUGGGCGCAUUCAGAAACUUCCACGCUUUGAUGAUGACGAAAACGUUUACCCUUCAUCCAUAGUCAAUGUUACUGUUGGAGCCGAUCACCGAGUUGUUGAUGGGGCCACGGUUGCAAGAUUCUGCAACGAGUGGAAGAACCUUGUGGAGAAGCCAGAGCUACUCUUGCUUCACAUGCGAUGAUCCAGUAAGGUACCAGAUGCAAGCGAUUGCCCAAAUUUAAAGAUAAGCUGAAACGCAGGCAUUCCGGCAUCGCAACUUCACACUGUAAACCUAUGAAAUCCUUUUGCUUGAUAGGUAGUCACUCGCGUACGUAUAUGUAUACAAAUGAUUUUUUUUGGAGCCAUGUAUAUAAAUGAUUGAUCAAAUUGGGUUCUCGCCUGCCAACAGUGGACUCGCAUCCUGUAAAUAUGACUGUACACCUUUAAUAUAAUAAAGCGGGGAUUGUUG